AUGCAGAUCAAGGCUCUUCUCAUCACUCCUCUCGUCGCCGCCGGCGUCGUCUCUGCUGCCCCCAAGACCAGCAGCACUCCCAAGUCCACCUACUUCAACGGUCUCGCCCUCCGCUCCGCCAGCCCCAUCCACUUCAGCUACAUCCAGGCCAACAAGGAGUCCUUCGAGCUGAAGCUCAAGAAGCAGGAGGCCAGCUGCGACGACGGCAAGCACCACAACGACGUCACCUUCCAGCUCUACAACGACGAGCUCUGGCUCUACUCCGUCGGCUUCCCUGGCCAGCAGGCCUACGUCGACUUCUCCGGCAUGGGCCAGGGCAAGUUCGGCUACACCACUGGCGCUCAGCCCAUGCCCAGGAACGCCCAGCGCAACGGCUGGAAGAUCGACAAGGACGGCAUCCUCACCAACGGUGGCGCCGGCUUCGUUGCCUGCCCCAACGGCGACGACCUCGAGAAGACCUCUUGGUCUGUCUGGGUCUACAACAGCAUUGACAACCCCGGCGGUAACAAGAACUGCCUUCCCUUCUCCGUCAAGGCCGCCAAGGUUAAGAAGCCUGUUGGCUGCUUGUACUCCCAGGUCCAGCCCAGCGAGUAA